CCGGCGCCGCGCAGAGGACGCCGCUGCGUCCCGGGGCUCACCGCGGGCGGGAGUUUGAGGACUGAAGCGGAGAAAUGCGGUCCCGGUUCGAGACGCUGUGCCACGCGGAACCUGAAUGUGCGUGUCUUCGCGGCUUCAGCUCCGAGGACGGCCGGGGGAACCACCGCGUCCCCUCCGGACCUUCCGCGCGAGCUCUGCCGUCGCGCGCGGGCGCCCGCUGUGGAUUUUUCUGGCUGGCCUUGGCCACUCGGGGCUCCCAGCCGCGGGCAAAGCUGAGGUGCGACCUGGACGGAACAAGGGUCCCGGAGCCGUGAGCGCCGAGGGGGAAGGCCGGAGGAGAGCGGCCCCGGCCGGAGCGCGCGCUGUAGCCAGCUUUCCGCCGGGCGAGGCCGCUGCGGAAGGAACCUGCAAAUACGGCCGCGUCUUCGGUUCAGCGGGCUGCCUGGAACCCAGGACCGAGUGUAAAGGAAAUCGAAGGCUAAGCUCAUCACGUAUAUUUUUAGAAGAAUCUCUCCUCUCCACCUCCUCCACCAGUAGAUGUACGCCGGAAAACGCUUCACCUCCAGCCCAGCAGCGAGAAGAGAGAAGACCAGAAGUGUGGGGGUCCGGGAUAUCCGCUUUCGGGCCUCGCCCCCAGCGACCUCACUUCCGCCCAGCAGGCCCCUCCCCUCGAAGACUCCCCCACCUCCACUUGAGCCGCAGGCUGCGGACCGAGCCCCUAGCACGUCGGCCGGGUAGGGGGAUAUUGAGAGGCCACCCUGACGGCAGCGGCCCCAAACGCUGUCUUUCUGGCCUCAGGGUGACCUUGAGCGGUCCUGUUGCGGUACGCAGGCCGGGAGAGGCCCGAGGACGUGUGGCAGGGUACCAGGGUCCCCUCGCCCAGGCCUGGUGACGACUCCCACGUCCAGGUGGCGUGGCCACCACCUCCCAGAGCGGACCCUGGGAAGGUCCGCGGAAUGGGUCCGCGGACGCGGGAGCUGGGUUUGCACACCAAAGAUCGCAGGGAGGGGAGGGCAGGGGGAAGGGGCAGAAGCUUGGCAGCCAUUCUUUGUGCGAAGAGCGCGGGGUACGGGAAGGGGAUCCUUGCUUUGAUUUCAUUUUGUCUAAAAUAGUUUGUCAUUUUUAGAGACCCGGCUAAGGCGUAAACGGGCACGGUGUCAACGUAUUCCCUGUAGCUGGGCGCUCCCCUCCUACCCACGGUUGGAUGACCACGGGGCCCGCGAAACCCCCGCUCUGCGGGUGGACCCCAAGUGAGCAGGUGGGCGAGGGGAGUCGUCGCCUCCACGGGCCCCGCCCCUCCAGCCCGCGGACCGCGGCCCUCACCGCCCGGGCUCUGCACAUUCAAUGCCGCUGAGUUUCGGGUUCAGGAAGCGGUUUCAGGGGCGCCGGGCCUUCGCGGUCGUCCCAGCCGGCCCUGGACGCUCAGCGCCCCUAUCUUUGAGUCCACGUGGCCAAUCUCCCCCGCCGCUGGCCGCGUGGCCUAAUGGAUAAGGCGUCUGAUUCCGGAUCAGGAGAUUGAGGGUUCGAGUCCCUUCGUGGUCGACGUUUUUCCUUCCUGUGCUACUAGGCGGAAGGAGAUUAAACUGAACGACGGUUAAGUC